UCCCAGUCAAUAUCAUCACUACAUCGAAAAUGCCCCCCUACCCACGCCCAGAUUUUACCCGCCCCUCGCCAACCUGGCAUUCCCUCAACGGCCCAUGGACCUUCGCCUUCGACGACGCAGACACCGGCCUGAACGAGAACUGGCCGCAAACCGGCCUCCCUUCAGCCCAAGCACAAAGCAUCCAAGUCCCCUACGCCUUUCAGGUCCCAGCUUCAGGUCUAGGCCAGCACGAAGCCCACGAGAUCCUCUGGUACGAGCGCACCAUCCCCGACAUCCGGACGCCCGUCGAGCACGAGCGGGGCCAUCGCCUCGUCCUCCGCUUCGGAGCGGUCGACUACGAGUGCUCGGUCUGGGUGGAGGGGCGGUUCGUCGGCGGGCAUCGCGGGGGCCAUGUGGCGUUUGAUCUGGACAUUACUGAUGCCUUUGUUUCCCUGGGUAAUGGUGGGGGUAAUGCUGACGGUCCUAAAGAGAGGCGAGUAACGGUGCGGGUGCGGGAUUCGCCGUUCGAUUUGACGCAGCCGCGGGGCAAACAGUAUUGGAAGCCUGUGUCGGAGAGUAUCUUCUAUACGCCGACGAGUGGGAUCUGGCAGGAUGUCUGGGUGGAAAGUGUGCCGCCCUUCCGGAUUGGGGGGCCGAGUGAGGGGACGGUGUUGCGGGGGGAUGAUAUACGGGGUGGGAGGUUGAGGGCACGGGUGGCGGUCGUAGGGAGGAGGGUCGGGAUGAAGGGGGCUGUUGAGGUUGAGGCGAAGUUGGCGGGCGUGAGGGUUAGUUCUUGUCGGCAGGAGCUGAAGGGGGAUUCGGAUCGCGUGAGCUUGAAUGUGGAUAUGCGUGUGCAGGAUCUAGGGCUGUUGGCGGGGAAGGCGCCGUUUAAUGUGCCGGGAUGUUGGAGAGAUGGGGUCGCGCUUUGGGCGCCCGAGCAUCCGGUUCUGUACGAUUUGACGCUGCGGCUGUUUGAUGCAAAGGGGGAGCUGGUCGAUGAGGUUAUCACGACUACGGGGAUGCGUCGUGUGUCGUGGCAGAAUGCCGAUGGCACUUUCCGGCUGAAUGACAAGCCUUACUUCCAGGUGCUGGUGCUGGAUCAGGGCUACUGGCCGGGCACGGGUCUGACGCCCCCGUCGCAGGAGGCGCUCAGGACGGAUAUCGAGCUGGCGAUGAAGAUGGGCAUCACCGGCUGUCGCAAGCACCAGAAGGUUGAGGAUCCGGUCUUCCUGUACUGGGCUGAUCGAUUAGGGUUCUUGGUGUGGGGGGAGAUUGCCAAUGCGUAUGACUUCAGCGAUGAGUAUGUCUCGCGCUUCAAUGGUGAGUGGAUGGAGGCUGUCCAGAGGGAUAUCAAUCAUCCUUCCAUUGUGGCCUGGACGCCGUUCAACGAGAGCUGGGGCUAUCCGUCGUUGAAGGACGACAUUGACCAGCGAAAUCAUAUCCGAACCGUCUACCAUAUGACCAAAACCCUUGAUCCAACCCGUCCCAUCAACGACAACUGCGGCUGGGAGCAUAUCCUCACCGAUCUGACCACCUAUCACGACUAUGCGGACUCGACCGAGCUGGCGACCACCUGUGCUGAUUUCGCACAAGGCAUUCUCGGUCCCAAGGCUAAUCACGACAUGUUUGUGCCAGCUGUGGAGGGCGAUGCAGGCGCCAGACACACACCCGGGGCGCCGGUCAUCUGCUCCGAGUUCGGCGGAGUCAAUAUCAUUCCUGCCAAGGGCACUGCAGCAGGGGAGAGGGAUUGGGGCUACACGACAGCGAGCGAUCCAGAGGACUUUCUCAGUCGUUUGGAGCGAUUGGUGAUGGCUGUUGUCAAGGGUGGACACACGUGUGGAAUGGUCUACACCCAGCUAUGCGACAUCGAGCAAGAGGUGAACGGUCUGUACUCCUAUGACCGGAAGGAAAAAGUGCCAGCAGAGAGGGUCAAGGCGAUCAUGGAUGCAGCGCAGAGAUACUACCACGACCAUGUCGCGCCAAAAUGA